AUGGACAAGAAAAAUGGCCACACUUACCCCGCACAUAGAAUUCGUGCUCACGAUUACCUGGAGUCUUCAAGCCAAGAGCGGUCAGAAAUGAAUACGCUGCCAGAAUCAAGAUCCUUAUCGCAAACACCUUCCAAUCGUGAUAAACAAAACAAGACAGCCCGUUCAUCAUUGAUGAGUCCAAACGACGAAGACAGACCGAUGAAAGCCCCAGCUAGAACUAACUCUUUGAGAUUUCAGAGGAAAGAAGAGGAUAGAUAUGAACAGCUCCAGAUGAAGAACUCGGUUAAAGUCCAAUCGCAACAGUCAAUUGAUUCUUCGGAGAACUGUAGUGUUGUUGGUAUUAUUGCUGAAGAGUUCUACGGUCGAAACAACAGAAGACAUAAACAAACUUUCCCAACGAUGGAGAAACAUACGUUGACAAACGGAAAAUCCAUGAAUAGCGGCGCUUCUAGGAUGCGCGAUGACGAACGAUCGCAGGCAUCUUCAGCCGUUCCACCACCUCCAGUUUUACAACAGCAGUCACACUUUAGUCAACCAGGUGCUUUCAGAAUGUCUGUCGGUGGCCUUCCACGAUCCAGCGAUUUAAGCUUAGUUGCCAACAACAUGCCAUCAUAUCCAUCUCAUCAACAAGCACACCAGGCUCUUGUGCCAAACGAAAGUGAAAUGGAUGACGAAUGUCCCACACACCCAACUCCUUUGAACUUUACAACUAGUACGGGUACGCAUGUGACUGCUGCCACAGCAGUCACUGCUAAUCCAAUGGCAGUUGUGGAAGCCGAGCCGAUUGACAAACACAGGUUGCGCGAUUUUUUGGACAAUGGGAAAGUCAAGCUUAUCAUAUGUCUUCUGGUUUCUUUUUUUCUUCUGUUGGUAAUGGGAGCCGCGUAUUGGCUGACAGGAUUCAAUGUGAAGGAAUUAAGGGCUCCAGAUGACGUUGUUGAUGGAACACUGGCCCCAACGUCGCCUGGUGAUCUAGACCUAAACUAUUUCACAAGAAUCGCUCUCCCCGAAGACACCAGAUCUGCACUCCGUAAGGCCAAUUCACCACAGUCAAAGGCACUGGCCUGGCUUAAGAACAAUACUCUACUGGAAACAUAUUCCUUGAAUCGCAGACUGCAGCGAUUUGCGCUUGCUGCCUUCUAUUUUGCCACUGGAGGCGAUGGACGGUGGAAGAAGAACGACGGUUGGCUCUCGGACGCAUCGGAAUGCAGUUGGUACAAUACUUCGAUGGUGGAUUCAUUGCCAUGUAACGGAGGUAUUCUAACGGAGUUGUCCCUUCGCGAGAUGAAUCUUAUUGGAAACAUACCUAACGAGAUUUCAAUACUUUCUAAGCUACAAGUUCUCGACCUGUCCUCGAAUUUACUAACUGGGGUAAUUCCAACUCCCGUUGCGGACAUGUAUGCGCUGCAAGAGCUCCGUCUGUUUGACAACUACAUUUCUGGUGAAAUUCCUAUAGAGUUGUACAGAAACUUGAAGGAGUUGGAAAUUCUAGAUGUUGGCUACAACUUUCUUGCAGGUCAAGUAAUUGACAUCGGACACCUAACCAAUCUAAAGCAACUCCACCUUGACAGGAAUUUGUUCAUCGGGCUGCUUCCUGCAUCAAUUGGUCAACUGAGUAAACUUGAGAUUCUUUAUCUCUUCGGAAACGCCUUUGAGGGUACCCUGGAUAAAGUGUCAGUGUCGUUCAAUCGAAUGACGUCGAUAACUCAUCUAGGAAUUGAUCAAAACCGUAUUCAUGGAACACUCCCAGGAUCGCUGUCCCUCUUGACGAACUUACGCUCAUUGACGCUGGCCAACAACACAUUUACUUCCACAAUUCCAGUGGAGCUGUACAAAGGUUGUAAGGACAUUGAGGUGUUGGACGUUGCUGACAACUCCUUGUCGGGAACACUUGCCUCCGACAUCCAGUUGUUGACAAAUCUACAUUCACUAUUCAUGGAAGGAAAUCGGCUAUCAGGAACAUUGCCUACAGAGGUUGGGAAUUUAUCAAACCUUAGAUUUGCUACCUUCGAAGGGAACCAAAUGCAGGGUACAAUGCCGGGCGAAGUCUGCGAUCUUGUUUACAGAGGUUUUCUUCCCCCAAACAACUUGACGGUUGACUGUUCUCUCGUUGAGUGCUCUUGUUGUGAGAUGUGUCUGACGAGUGAGAUUCAAAACAUGGGAAAUCGAUAG